AUGCUUGAUAAUAAGAGACAGUACAUGCCAGAUGAGCAUGAAAUGAAUGAUCCAGAAGGCAAUCUUCAGAAUCAGCCCUUUAUUACCAAAAAUAUUGAAAGAAAACACUCACAUAAUUAGUCAGUGCAUGAGGUGAGAUACAUGAACUUCGAUGAUAAUGAAGAGGCAACUAGGAUAAUCAAAAUUAUCUGCCUUUAAUUUUCCUUUUUCAAGGCCUACGUUAUCGUACCAAUUCUUGCUCUCUGCACAGCUUUCUUCUUUUUACUAUUUCUAUAUUGGUACCCUAAACUGAGAAAGGUGUUCUUUUAUUCAGAAUGCGAACUUAGCAGAGCAACUCACCUCUUUAUCAUGGGAACUUUGGGUCAUAUGGAGAUAGUGAACCUUGAUAAUAAGAAUAAUGAGUUGACAGCAUUCCUCGAUCAAAGUGAUCGUUAAGCUUAUGAUUAAAACCCCUUCUUGAUGUUCGAAUACAGGUUCAUCAAAUUCCAAUUUGAUCAUGUUAAUGAUAUGUUCAAGCCUAUAAUCUUUGACUGCAAAAUUCCCUUUUAGAGCAUUCAAAGCAAAUAUAGUCAGGGCAUUACAUCAAAAGCUGAUUAUUUGAUGCAAAUUAUCAAGUAUGGAAAAUGCUUGAUUGAAGUUCCGAUUAAGAGUAUUCCUGCACUUUUGAUUCAAGAGGUUCUUAACCCCUUUUAUCUCUUCCAGGUCUUUAGUAUGGCACUCUGGUUUUGGGAUGGAUAUAGAGCGUACGCUACUUGUAUUUUAGUGCUUUCCGUUAUAUCAGCUACUACUUCUCUUGUAGAAACUAAGAGAAACUUAUCUAGCAUUCGUAAAAUGGCUUAGUACAGUUGUGAGAUCAACGUAAUGAGAGAGGGAGAAGAGAAUAAUCUGAAGAAAGUAGAUAGCGCUGAACUUGUCCCAGGAGAUGUUAUUGAGAUCCCUGAAAUGACAUCUAUGCCUUGUGAUUUGAUUCUGCUUACUGGAUCUUGUAUUGUUAACGAGAGUAUGCUAACUGGCGAAAGUAUUCCUGUGAUCAAGAAUGCUUUACCAUUUACUAAUGAUAUUUAUGACCCUACUAAUGAUUCAAAAUACACAAUUUAUGGAGGUACUUAGGUUAUUUAAACCAGAAGAUUUGGUCAAUCUAAAGUUUUAGGUUUAGUCAUUAGAACUGCUUUUGUUACUACUAAAGGAAAUUUAGUUAGAGACAUCUUAUAUCCUAAGCCAAAUAAGUUCAAAUUCUAUCAAGACUCUCUUAAGUUUAUUUUUAGCAUGGGAUUGUUAGCCAUUAUAGGUUUUCUUGCAACAUUACCCUUUAUGCUUGACUAAGGAUACGAUCCAGCUGCCAUUGUGGACAGAUCUCUUGAUCUUUUAACUAUUACAGUACCUCCUGCUCUUCCAGCUGCAAUGACAGUAGGAACAGUAUUCGCCAUAAAUAGACUUAAAAAGAAGAAGAUUUAUUGUAUUUCUCCUCCAAGAAUAAAUGUGAGUGGUAGAGUAAAUUUGAUGGUAUUUGACAAAACAGGAACUUUAACAGAGGAUGGACUUUAGGUAUUUGGAUUUAGAGGAAUAAACAAGGCUAUUGUAAAAAAUGAAAAUUAAAGGAUAUUUUCAGAUUUUAAUCCAGAGUGUAAGACAUAUCAGCCAAACAGAUAGUGGUGGCUAGAUAAACUAGAUAGAGAGGAAUUAAGAGAUGAUCCUUAAAGUUUAUUUUUAGAAUCCUUAGCUACAUGCCAUUCUAUUACUUAUGUAAACAACAAUCUUAUUGGAGAUCCUCUUGAUGUGAAAAUGUUCUAAGCUACUGAAUGGAUACUUGAGGAACAAUUAGAAGAGGGUGCAGCUGAUGAACUUGUUUUGGCUUAUGUCAGGCCUCCAACAUCAAACCCUGAAUACAAAAAUCCAAGAGCAGAUUCCCUCCUUUCUAUUAGUGAUAUGGGAAGUGUUUCUAGUGCCAGACCAGGAUAUUAACUAGCUUUAAUCAGAAGAUUUGAUUUUUCAUCCAAACUCUAGAGGAUGAGCGUAAUAGUGAAGAAUUUCCUUGACUCUACAUUUAGAUCUUAUGUUAAGGGUUCUCCAGAGAAAAUUAGAGAACUUUGUAAACCUUCAUCGCUCCCUUCUAACUUUGAUGAAGUCCUUAAUAUUUAUACUGAGUGUGGUUAUAGAGUGCUUGCAAUGGCCACUAAACCACUUAAUAUCAGCUUUUUAAAGGCUCAAAAAAUUAAUAGAGAUGAAAUUGAGGAUGAUCUUGAGUUCCUUGGUUUCUUGAUUAUGCAAAACAAGUUAAAGAAUGUGAGUAUCAACAUCAUCUCAACACUCAACGAAGCUAACAUCAGGACUAUCAUGGCAACAGGAGAUAACGUGUUGACAGCAAUAUCAGUUGGAAGAGAGUGCAAUAUUAUUGACUCAACAUCCGAAGUAUUCUUAGGUGAUAUUAGAAAAGAAGGAAAUAAGGAGGUGGUAUUUUGGAAGAGUACCAAAAAUGAGAAGCACGUGCUUCAGCCAAACACCUUAGUACCAAAUCAAGAAUUCUUUAAUGAUGAAAAAACUAGACCAGGCUUCAUGAGAGAUUCUAAGAUUCUAGAUUCAUCAAGAGAUGAAGAUAGAAGAUCUGUCAAUGAUCUAGUCAGUCUAGAUGAUUUCCCUUGGUAGCACUAACCAGAAGAGUACUCUUUAGCUCUUACAGGCAAAGCCUUCAAUAAUUUAUUGAAUGACCCAGAACAAGAAAAGGUCUUAAAGCAAGUGCUUUUCAAGGCACAAAUUUAUGCUAGAAUGUCUCCAGAUGACAAGGCAAAAUUAGUGGAAUAACUCCAGCAAUACUGCAAGACUGAGGUAGGUAUGUGUGGAGAUGGAGCAAACGAUUGCGGAGCCCUGAAAUAAGCUGAUAUUGGAAUUUCACUCUCUGAAGCUGAGGCUUCUAUUGCAGCACCCUUUACUUCAUAAAUUUAAGACAUUUCUAGUGUAGUAAUAGUACUUAGAGAGGGAAGAUGUGCAUUGACUACAUCUUUCUAAAUGUUCAAAUUCAUAGAACUCUAUUCCAUGAUCCAAUUCAUAACAGUAACUAUGCUCUAUACCUUUGGUUCUAACUUGGCUGAUUACUAAUUCUUGUAUAUUGAUCUAGCCCUUCUUGUCCCAUUAUCAAUGUUUAUGGGAUAGACUGAGCCAUAUAGACAUCUUACACCUCAUCUUCCAUCUGGUGCUUUGAUUAGUUUACCAGUGUUGACAUCAGUACUUGGAUCUAUUUUAAUACAACUUGCUUUCUAAGUAUUUAUGUUCUUCUAUGUGAGAUGGUGGUCUUUCUACAAGAAACCAGAUACAUUCGAUCCCAGAAGUGGAGAUGAGAAUACCGAAUGCUUUGAAAAUAGUUCAAUGUUCAUGAUUUCACUCUACUAAUAUAUAGUAGUUUGCUUAGCUUUUAGCAUCAGCAAACCUUUCAGAUAGCCCUUGUACACCAAUCUCUGGUUUACUAUCAGCUUGGUUGUUCUUUCCUUGUUUAAUGUGUAUUUAACAGUUUCAGACGAGGAAUGGAUUCAUUCUGCAUUCUAAAUUAAACAUGAAAUCGACCUUAAAUUUAGAUUAUCAGUUCUCUGUAUUGCCUUUGUCAAUGGAUGCUGUACCUUCUUCUAUGAGAAGAUAUUCAUUUGGUAUGUUUCUCAAUGGUGGAAGAAUAGAAAGGAUAAAAUCAGAGAAAUAGAAUACCAAAAGGAACUUGAAAUACAAAAAUAAGAGUAAAAUGAAAGAGCGUUCAGUCUUGGACAAAGAAGCAAGUCAAGAAAUGCCGCUUCACCCUCAAAACUCGGAGAAGGUAGAAACAAUUCUUCCAUUAAUCCUAGCAAAGAUAAUGAUAACUCCAAGUUUGUACUCGAUCACGGUGGAAGAGACAACAACAUGAUUGAGAUAGAGGAAGAGCAGAAAGAGUUUGACAACAGUGGAGAUAAUCAGUAUUCAAAUAGAUCACGGUGA